AACAAACCUCUAGUUUUAUUUGCAUCUUUUGAUCUAUACUUGCAGGUUUUUAUCCCGAUGACCACUUAACUUAUAGGCCUAAGGUAGGUAGGUGAGUGGGUCCGAUCAGAAUUUUCCAUCGUUGCUGGGUGUGGUUUGUUGACAUUCUUCGGACGAGUCGGGACAAACAGGGAGGGCUCGAUCAGCAAACGAAAACAGAUGCUUGUUCCGGUUUAAGCUCUGAUUUCCAACCGGUGCCGGUUACUAGCUGAUCGUACUGCUCCAGGAUGGCACUGACGGCAGGACUCCUCUUCAGACAGCUGUUUGAGUCAGAGAGCUGCACGUACACCUACCUGCUGGCAGAUACUGAGACCAAGGAGGCUGUCCUCAUUGAUCCUGUGCUGGAGACCAUUGAGCGAGACCUGAAGCUCAUAAAGGAGCUUGGACUCAAUCUAACAGUGGCAGUUAACACCCACUGCCACGCAGACCACAUAACAAGCACUGGACUGAUGAAGCAAAGAGUGGCUGGGCUGAAGAGUGCCAUCUCCAAAUUCAGUGGUGCCUGUGCUGAUAUCCAUUUAAAAGAGGGAGACAAGAUCACCUUUGGAAGACACUGUCUGACUGUGAGAGAGACACCAGGACACACCGAUGGGUGUAUAACGCUGGUAACUGGGGAUCAGAGCAUGGCUUUCACUGGUGACGCUCUCCUCAUCAGAGGCUGUGGCAGGACAGACUUCCAGCAGGGUUGUCCCAAAAAGCUUUACCAGUCAAUCCACGGGAAAAUCUUCACCCUGCCUGAUGAGUGCCUCAUCUACCCAGCACAUGACUACUUAGGUCAGACGGCUUCUACAGUUGGUGAGGAGCGCAAGUUUAACCCACGCUUGACUAAAGGCAUAGAGGGGUUCGUGGAGAUCAUGAACAACCUGAACCUCCCCAAGCCGAAAAAAAUAGAUAUUUCAGUGCCUGCUAAUCUGGUUUGUGGAUUGCAUCAAGUUUGAAUGCAAGAAAAAGACUUCUAAUAGAAUCAAGCUACACCGCUGCUAAGUGAUUGAUGAUUACAUCUUAGCCAAUAUCAAAACUGCUUACCAUAGCCUGCUUUAUUGUUGUUUUCUGUGUAAAUGUAAAAGUUUAUACUAUGCUGUUAUAAUUUAAGCUACUGACAUUGAUUAAAUUUGCAUUUGUCUAUUUUAGAUGUUGGAAAUGUUUUAAACAUCUGUGUAUGAUUAAAAACACUAAUAGUAUGUUUUGUUAAUAGUUUAAAAUUGUUUACAUUUUAAUGUAUUCUUUAUUCAGAUGUGUUAUGAAUUGCAGAAUUGGGGAGGAAAUUUAUGAGUAGGAAAACUCAGAUAGGAAUGUUCCAUUCAAGGUUUGGUUUAGUAUUCAUGAAUGCUUAACUGGGACAAAUGAGUUCUUCCACAUGGCCUUUUCAGUGAUUCCAGACUCCCCUAGCCAAGGACACACACACACACACACACACACACACACACACACACACACACACACACACACACACACACACACACACACACACACACACUCUUGUUCAGGCGAUGGCUUUUUUGCAUAGCAGGGAAAUAAAACUACACUAUUUGCAUUCACAGUCAUUAAGGGAACAACAUGUCAUGGCCUUCUGUUCAUGAUCUCAUAAGUUCCUUUUGAUGUCAAACAGAAAUGGGUGUGUUUAAAUGUUUAAUAUUAUCUACGUAAGAUAUAUAUAAAAAAAAAAGUGAGCCCAUGGCUGGAAUCAGAUCUACUUCCAGAUUUCCCAGUGACCUGUGCAUGCUGUUCUUGUAUUUAGCAGGUCAUCAACCAGUGAGACAGGUUUAUUUGGGAGUGUUGGCCUCUGACUCAGCCACAGACACUCGCACAUGUGGGAGUAGGCUGUGUGAUCAUAUGAGGAUUGAUCCUGAGCUUCUCGGGGCCUGAGUCAAAAUGUUUUCAAGUGCAUACUCAUUUUUUUUUUCUGUUCACUGGAUUUAAGAGAACCCGCCAUCAGAUUUAGGUUAUUAUGCCUUCUGCAGUUAUGGAUGUUAUGGAUGGGGUCCUUUAAGGUGCAUAUGAAAAUCAACUGUGAUGAUGAUGGUUUGAAGUCUGUAACUGUUUAACAGAAAAUCCAUGUGAAGUUUGUGGAUUAUUUGUUUUUGAUUAGAUCUAGCAUUUAUAAAUGGUUUGACACUUAUAAUUUGCUGUUGCCUGAAAUAUGAAUAUGAAUGCUUCAUAUUCACC